AUGUAUCAUGUGGGGUGUCAGUACAGCUCCGUGUCUGCUUCUGUAGAAUCAUUUCGCGCUUGCACGAGUAAAGUUGCAAUUAUGUUGGCCUUGAAUUUACUUGUUUUUACAAUCGGUGCCAUUUGUGCGUGUCACGCGAAAAACAUCGUCCUAAUAGUUGCCGAUGAUUUGGAUGUUGUUCUCGAUGGAAUGACACCUUUGGCAUCGACACGAAAAUAUAUCGGCGACGAAGGAGUUACGUUUAAAAAUGCGUUUGCCGCAGUGCCGAUCUGCUGUCCCAAUCGUGCGUCGAUCUUAACCGGUCGCUACCAACACAACCACCGGACGUUCAACAAUUCGCUUAACGGCGGUUGCAACGCUCAAGAUUGGCUAACCAGCCACGAGACAAACACCUUCGCCGCUAUUCUGAAGCACCAAAUGAACUACAGCACCUUCUACGCUGGCAAAUAUUUGAAUCAGUACGGUGAUAAAAAUACCGGCGGUGCGUCUCACGUUCCACCAGGAUGGGACCAAUGGUACGGUCUGAUCGGUAACUCGAGAUACUACAACUAUUCCUUAUCGGUCAAUGGAGUUGAGAAAAAAUACGGCGCCGAACCGAGCGAUUAUCUGACCGAUGUCAUUAAAACCUUGGCCCUCGACUACAUAAGCAGGCAAAGGAAGGACCAUCCAUUCAUGAUGGUACUGGCCCCUCCGGCUCCUCACCAUCCCUUUGUACCAGCCGAGAGGCACAACGACAAGUACAAGGGCACGAGAGCCAAGCUCACCAAAAACUUCAACACCUGGACGAAUCAGGAGAAACACUGGCUGGUGCGCAUGGGACCGUCACCCCUGCCUUCCAACGUGCUCGCGAGCCUCGACGAGAUCUACAGGAGGCGUUGGGAGGCCCUCCUAGCUGUGGACGAGAUGGUCGCCGACGUGCACGACCAACUGGCGAAGCAGGGACUGCUGGACGACACGUACGUCAUCUUCACGUCGGACAAUGGCUUCCACGUCGGCCAGUUUAGCCAGCCGUACGACAAGAGGCAGCCGUACGAGGCGGACAUUCGGGUGCCCUUGCUGGUGCGCGGACCCAACGUGACUCGGGCCACGGAGUUCGCGGCCGCGGUGAGCAGCGUCGACCUUUUUGCCACGAUAAUCGAGAUGGCGGGCGUCGAGGCGCCGUCGGACGGUAUAUCGCUGCUUAAAUUGCUGAGGGACGGCGUCAAGGACAGAACUGUGCUGGUGGAGUACAGGGGCGAGAGGAGCAUCGGCGCGCCCAGCAGCGGCUGUCCCUCCGAUAGGGACUUGAACUUGAGCCACUGCAGCAGGGAGUUUGCGUGCAAGUGCCAGGACGCGGCCAACAAUACCUUCGCCUGCGUUCGCCGAGUCGCGGAACGCGAGAACAACGUUUUUUGCGUCUUUAACGAGGACGAGGGGGAAUUCGUCGAGGCGUACGAUUUGCUGAGCGACGAGUUUCAGAUGACCAACGUCGGACCAGCGAUGGGGGCCAACAAGAGGCACCGAUUCAGGGACCGUUUGAGGAAAAUGACCAACUGCAAGGGCCGAAAUUGCGUCGCCACCAAUCCUCCGCUGCACAGCCAUCUGGACGAGUUGUCCUUGCUUUAUACGUCGAUGGAGGAUCAUUUUGUAACAAUGAUAUGAUUACCACUUGUCGCUAUUGUCCUCAAAAUUAAAUA